UGAGGAAGAGGGCGGAAACGCAGCCCGGCUGCCCUCCGAUAGGCUGGGGGCUGCGGUCUGCUGGCAGCAGCGGGUCCCCACACUUCCCUAAACGGGCAACUUCACUUCCCGAACCCAUCGUCCCUGCCUGGUAGGCCCAGGUGGCAUGUCCUGCCCGCGCCUGAGCCCACAUCUUGGAUCCCCCAGGUAUCCUGGGCCCCUGCUGGGCCCGUGACACCCCUGUCUGGAUGGAGCCAUGGCCCCCGCGUUCAUUCUCACACUGCUGUGGUGGUUGCAGGACGUCACAUCAGGUUACUCGUCUGUGGAGAGCUUGUACACGCGGGUGCGUCACCAGGAAGGGGACACCCUGUCUGUGAAGUGCUCCUACAACCACCGCAAAAACCGCGUGGAGGACAAAGUGUGGUGCAAGGUCAGGAAGAGGAAGUGUGAACCCGGCUUUGUCCGGAACUGGGUGCAGGGGCCCCACUACCUGCUGGAGGAUGAUGCCCAGGCCAAGGUGGUCACUGUCACCAUGAGGGACCUCAGGCGCCAGGACUCGGGCCGGUACUGGUGCAUGAGGAACACCCGCGGGACCCUCUACCCUAUGACAGGCUUCAUGCUGGAAGUGUCUCCCGCCCUGACAACAGAGAGGGACCCGCUCCUGACACAUCCGGCCGACGGCCUCGACAGUGGAUUUGUCACCAUGGGCCACGUGUCCACUUCUGGCUCCGAGGCCCCUUUCACCUCUGGACUCCUCACCUCGUCCCCCACUACCUCGGAGAGGGCCCGGCCAAACUCCAUGGCUGACUACAGUGCCACUACCUUGGGGCCCAGCUGGACCACGGAGUCCCCCGGCCGGGCCAGAGCCUCCUCUGCUGGCCCAGCGUCCACGCCCACCAAGUCCAGGCAUGUCAACAGUGGCUUCCCCGCCACGGGCACCUGCCACAACCACUUACCCUCCGUCAGGCCACAGGAGCCUUACCUCACCGUGCUCGUGGCGGUCCUGACCCUCCUUCCGGCGCCUGUGAUGUUUGCCAUGGUCUAUCGGUUUUGGAGGAAGAGGCACAUGGGAAGCUACAGGAUGAGCAGUGAGCACCCCAGACCCUGGGUGUACCUGUGUCGAGCCCCAGAGCCCCUGUGGAAGUCUGCUUAGUUUGAGACCACGUAGCGCCGGGGUGAAAAACUUCUCUCUCAUCGGGCCCAGGUGGUCAAAAGAAGAGUGAAAACCACAGAUGGCCGGAGCGGAGGGAAUGCAGUUUAGAGCUGCUUUCUCCCCUGGCCAGGGCCGCGGUGGCUUCAACUUUCCUCUCUCCCUUUGAUCUUUUCAAUACACUUGGGGACGGGUCAGGGCUCACGAGCCCCGGAGGAAUCUGACAUCCCACGGACGACGUGCUCAGACAAUGAUCAAGGGCUGGAGCCAUAGAAGGGCCAACGGCUGUCCAAGACCCCCUCCUGCCCAGCCAGUGCAUCCGCACAUACUGAAUCAUAAAGGCUGGACCUAAGCAAGUGCAACUCCCUGGGAAGUGGCUCUGGUAGGGGGCAGGAAGAAGGGGGCCCCAGGCAGCCUCCUGCCAGGGGGUCCAGUGGUCUGUGGAGUGUACCCCCUGUCUUCUCAACUCAUUGCUUGGUCUUUGCUGCCUAGACUGCUGCCUGCUACAGGCUGAUUCCUCCCCAGAGAGGGACUGGGCAGGCCCUGGGGUAGGUGCGACAUCCCUACUCUCAGCUCUGGGACGGGGAUCGCUUGGUGGGACAGCAGACACAAUGGUCAGUGGGAUGUGUCUGGGACCUGAUUUUUUUUUUGGGGGGGGGGGGGGGGAAGUAGUCCUGGGGCCAGCAGAGAGGAGUCACCUGCACCUCUUCGUACUUCCAGCAGAGGGCAGUAGAGGGAAGACACAUAUUGACUGGAGUCUAGACAGAACUGGUCCCAGGACACAGACAGAAGACAGACACACACAAACAUGUACCCACACCCACACCAGUCUUUGGUCAGUAAAUGAUAUGUAAAAAAACCAUCACUCUGGUGAGUAACUAGGGGAUCUUGCCUGAUCUGAGGGGACCCUGUGCCAGUUCCUUUGAUAGCCGCCACACGGCGGGGAGCCUGCGGGAGGCGAGAAGCAGUUAGGAAUGGAGGCCAGUGAUGACUCCGUCGCUGUGUGGCCCGGAGCAAGUCAUUCACGCUAUCUGAGCUUUGUUUUUUCCUUUCUUGUGAAAGGGGACAAUAACGUCUACCUCUACUGGAGACAGUAAACCGACACGAACCAGGGAAGCGCCUGUGAUUCUGCUCCUAUGUUCUUCUCUAGCUCCUGUUGCUCACAGGGGCCUGGGAUGGAGGCCCCUUAGGUGAGGGCCUCCUGUGAGGAGGGAGGGGCCGGCCUGGCCUGGCUGUAGAUUUUUUUAAGCUGAUAUAACCCUAGCUACUCAGGCUGAGAUCUGAGGAUCCAGAUCUGAAGCCAACCCAGGCAUGGA